AUGCCUCAGGUGGCAAAGUGGGCUGUGAGUUUUAUGGCCGCCAGGUAGGUGUUAUCGAUCUCUCAUAAACUCCCAGGUUCAACAAUGAAAACAUAAAAAAAUACUGGGACCUGGCAGAGUUGCUUAAGAGCGAACAGCUGAUAAACGCCUGUCUUCAGCACAUAAAGACAAACAUUGAGGCCACGGUUGCGAGCGACAUUUUCAACCAGCCGCCGGCUGACACUGUCUUGUCCAUACUGCGUGCCGAUGACCUCAUAGGGGGCAGUGAGGAGAGCGUCUUCAAAUCGAUUGGGCUUUGGGUAAGUUCAGCUGACGAAGUCAAAGAAAGCUGACUGAUGCAUGUGGAAGCAAUGCUGCGGAAAGUGCGAUGGAUCCAAGUUGACGCAGACUUCAGAUCCAGACUGUUAAAUGAAGAAGACUUUUGAAAUAAAACUAUGGAAUAUUUGUAUAUUGCGAAAGCGCUUUUAACCUUUUGAAUUAUUUAAGUAAACUUCUACCUCGAGUAAUCGCCUGGAUCGAACAUCCGUCCUCGAGAGUGGAUGGAGAGUGUCCGUUUAAUGAAAAACGCAGAAGGCCAUUGGGUGGCAUCUGCUUCAUUGGCAACGUGAAAACUGGUCCGCGGUGGUUUGUCGAGUACGAUGUUGACGCAAAUACUUCGAAACCACUAGCAGUUUUAACGGGUUCAUCUAGCGCGGCCUUCGUGGCCAUUGAGAGUGAGUCCCGUCAAUUGGAAUUUUUGGUAGGACUGUCAGCUGUUAUAUCUGUCUUUGUUUAGUCUUGACUGUCACCUGGAAUCGAUUUGGAACGCGGACUUGUAGAGGGUUAGUCGAUAAGUGGCUUAUGUUAUGAUUACUGGCGGAAGACAGGUUCAGAUGGUCGGGUAUGACUGUUUGGAGGCAGGUGUGUCGUAGCUGAAGUCGGCCGAGUGGCUUCAGGUCAGCGCGUGUGAAACGGCUCGCUGCAAGGGGGUGAAUGGCUUUGAGGCAGUGAGGCCUUGAAGGGGGACAACAGGCAGCCAUGAUGGCUGUCGACAACACUGAUAUUCUCCCAACCAACAUCACAUGCCGUCCCAAACUUCCUCGAUUUUGCCCUAGCGACUGUUAUCCAUUAGUUGAGUACUUGUCUACUGAACGCAAUUCACGUGUACCAACCUUGACAGCCAUCUGUCUGCAGUUGUUUUGGUCAGACAUUCGCCUCUUGGCAAAGUCAUAAGGGGUGGCAGUGUUUUACAUACAAAACGACUGCCUAUUUCCAUGCUUUCACGUCAAACGCGAUUAAUCGCAGCGUACUGCUGUCUAGAGUGUCCAAAGGACCGUCUAAAGCUUCCAAAUUGACAAAUGAUUGCGCUUCGUCUGUUACUACCAGGGUUGGUGUGGUUACGACGAUGACUUUUGACAAGUCCCUGACUUUCCCCCCCGUAACACGCAGAUCCACCCACUUAAUUCCUGCGCAGCAUGCUUUCAUCAACCUGACAGAGUUUGUGUGGACCUGAUAUUCACCUUCAUUUGAGAUCGUACAAAACACAUAUCUUUGACACCAGGAAAGACUGUCUGCCGUUUCAAACAGCUAAUGAACGCCUGUCCUCAGUUUGCGUAGACCGGAUAUUAACCUUAAUACGGGAAAGACGGUUGUCUGCCUUCGCGCAGAGCAUCAGCACGAGCCGUGGUAGACUGAUCCUAUGCUCCUUAACUGACUGACUCCCGUCGCAUAUAAAUAAGUGAAGAAUAUGUUUUUUUCGUCUUCUCUUGUACUUUCCUCCAUUAUCCACAACAUUGGUUUUUUAUAUGGGCUGGUGUUCAGCAAGCCUACGCCCCAUCACCGGCGAUUUUAAACCGCGCGAUGGAAGAUGCAUGCUGCACCAUAUAAUUUCAACUUUUGGCCAUAACACUUUUGCCAUUGUAUAAGCCUGUGGUACAAGACCGGAAUCGUGUCUGUGACAGAUCUUACGACUUAAUGAGAACACUCAUUGUGGGGUAAUAUAUCGCCUUUAAAUGUGUAUUUUCUCACAUAGUCGACGCCUUUGGUUGAUUUCCUUGACACUCGUUUUCGUAUUUCCUCACGUCGCUCCUUAUUGCAUUGGCAACAGGCUGCAUCUUCGCGAUUGGAGGAGAUGAAGACGACGGCAGCUUUCUAA